AUGAAUGAAGAUGUUGUAGGAGAUGAUGAAUAUCUAGAUGAAUUUUCUGUUGAUGAUAAUUCAAAUGAAUUUUUAAGUGAAAAUGGAAACAACAAAAAUGAUUCAAAAGAAGAAGAUGAAAAAAAAAAUAAGGAGACAUAUGAUAAUAAAAAUAUAACUUAUGAUAAUGAAUAUAAUGAAAUGUUAGUAGAAAAUAAAAUUUUUGAUAUAAAAGAAGAAGUUUUAAAUAUACAUAAAAAGAAUAUUUGUGGCAUAAAGUUAAUAAAAAAUGGUAAUACUUUAAUAAUUUCAGGAAAUGAUAAUAUUGUAAGAAUUUAUGAUUUUAAGAAUAUGAAUAAAUAUGAAAAAAACUACACUAAUUUUAUAAGUUUAUCUGAAGGUUCUAUUACACAAUCUCUUGAUGGAAAAAAUAAUUUCAUUUUAAUUGGAAAUGGUAAUAAAUGUUAUGUAUAUAAUAAGAAUGGUCAGUUAAUAAAAAAUACCAUUAGAGGAGAUAUGUAUAUUAAGGAUGCUAAUAACACAAAAGGACACACAAGACAAAUUAAUUGCUGUAAGUUUCAUCCAUUUGAUGAAAAUAUUUUUAUAAGUGGAAGUUUAGAUAGCACUUUGAGAAUAUGGAAUUUAAAAAAAAAUAUUUGUUACGGUUUAGAUAAUGAAUUGGUUCAUUAUCAAUGUUUAAAAAUUGUAAAUGAAAAAAAUAUUAUGAAUAAUAAUAUUUUAUGUUGUGAAUUUAAUAAAGAAGGAGAUACAAUUAUAGUAGGUUGUGAUAAUGGGCAAGUAGAAAUAAGAAAUAAAAUAUCUAACGACUACACUUUCAGUUAUAAAUCAAAUUAUACUAUAAAAAAAAAUAUCGCUCAUAAAAAUUCUAUAAUUGAUAUAUUAGCAUCAAAAAAAAAUAACAAUUUCUUUUUUACCAGAAGCUUAGAUAACACUAUCAAGUAUUGGGAUAUGAGAAAUUUAAAAGAAUCUCUUAAUACAAUUGAAGGUGUUGAAACCAUUAUUAAUAAGAGUAAUAUUUGCUUUUUUGAUAGCGAAAAAUACAUAAUUGUAGGAACUCAAGAAAAAAAGAUUAAGCAAGAUGAAAAAGAAAAUUACAAAAAUUUUGAAAAUCAAACAAAUGAAUAUAUAAAAAAUAGGUUAGAUUUGGAUGAAAAUAAAAUAAAUGAUUUUGUUAAUAAAAAAAAACUUAUAGAUAACUAUGUGAAGAUUUAUAAAGGUGAUGAUGAUAUGAAUAAAUAUUUAAAUGAAGUAGCUUCUAUAAAUAAGAUGGAAAAAGAUAUUCAUGGGAAGAUGAAAAUUUAUGACAUUAAUAACUUCAAUUUAGUUUAUACAAAAAAAUACGAAAAUGCAGGUAUUAUAUGUACAUAUUAUGAUCAAUGUUUAAAUCAUUUAUUUUUAGGAACAACUGAAGGAACAUGCUUAAUUUAUUAUGGAUCUAAUUCUAAGAAUGGUGUUUUAGAUUAUAUUAACAAAUCUAUGAAAAGAAAAGAAGAUAAUUCUUUUUAUAUGAAUAGUGAAAACAUUUAUAAUAUGGAUGAUCUACCUAAAGAAAUACAAAUUACUCAAUCGGGAAAUGUUUUAAUUAGAAAAAAUCAUAACAAAAAAGCCAAAAUUAAUCCAGAUUUAAAUAUGCUUAAUAAUAACGCAUACGAAAAAAAGAAACAUAUUGAUUCCUAUUCAAAUUUUAUUACAGAUGUAUACGAAAAUAAGAAAGAUAAGAAAAAUAAUAAUGAAGGAGAUGAAGAAGAAAAUAUUGUUAAUAUUCUAAGAAAAAGAGAAAUGAAUAAAAAAGGAGAGGAUUAUUUUUUAAAAGCAUACAAGUAUACUCAGCCGAAAAAUAUAAUUAAUUAUUCAUCUGAUGAAGAGCAAGAAUAUUCAAAAUUUUUGAAAAAACAAAAAUGCCCACAAUGUGGAAUAAAAAAUUGCGUAUGUGGUUAUAUGAAAAACAUAGAAAAAUAA